AUGUCGUCCACGCAAAUCCUGCGGUCAGGGAGGCAACCAGGUGGUUACGAAGCACGAUUCUCAAGCUUGCUGUGUCGAGAGGAACAGCAAAAACCAACAAGUAUGACGUCUCGUCUUAUGCAAGAGCAGCGCCGACUCAAAGAAACCCCUGAUCUUACAGCCCUUCCAAAGGAUGAGAAAGGAUCCUUCGCGGUCGACCCAGCAAACCCCAGAGUGAGCUCUUACCAUGCAGGUGGCUGGCUUUAUUGUGCUGACCUUGCUAUUGGCAGCCUUCACGAGCGCGUCAACAUUACACAGGAUGGCUUCGCCGACGUAUUGACCGAAAACAGGACAUUACUGAGAGAAACCACAGCUCUCAAAGAGAGGAUCCAGGAAUUAGAGGAAACAGUGGAGAACAUGAAAGCCCGUUUAGAUGGGCUGUGCAAGAGUAGGCAGGUUUCUACCUUUCAGGAAAACCGAGCGCGCAAGAAACGGGCAAUGCUCAAUGGCGCUCAUUACUCGGAGAAAUGA